GAUCAAAAGACUUUUCAAGAUGAAACAAAAUCAAAGGUCUGUCUCAGUGUUUCUAACGCUUUUAAUAAUGGAAUGGAAGACUCAAUUACACAUACAAAAGAUAAGCCUUGUGUGGUCAAAUCUUGAACAUUUGCAACUUCGACUCAAAGGUAAACGGAUCUCUCUCUAUUCAUUUGAAAGAUUCUAAUUCCACCAGAGCCUCCGGUCAAAGCCAAUCUUCAAACGUUUUUUUUUUCUUUUUUCCAAUAUAGCAGCAAGAACCAACGACUAUUGUACAAAUCUUCAUCCUCUUCUCUUGUAUAUUAAAACAAAACCUCCAUAAGACUAUUCUUCCUCUAGAGCAGAGUUCUGUCUGAAUCCCCCACAAAAGUCAACUUGUCUGUCACAAUACCACAAAAAAAGGACCAUACUCGAAUUACCACAAAAGGGUAGGAGAAUUCUAACUCAUCUCCUCAAAAUGAAACCAAAGUCUUGAUAUUUUUAGAUCUGGAUACCGAAAAACACACAAGCUUCUAAUCAGAACACAUAUGGAGACUGUCUCUGUUUUGCUCUUCUUCUUCCUCUUCCUUCUUGUGGCAGAAGCCAGGAGUACCUACCGGAGAGGUUGCGACGAUUUCACCUGCGGAGAAUUCGACUUCAAGUUCCCUUUCUUUAGCACAACUAUGCCGUCUCGAUGCGGUCUUUUCAAGCUGAACUGCAGUGCAAAUGUCUCAGAGAUACAGCUUGUAGAAGAUGGGCGAUGGUAUAAAGUCAAGAGUGUCUCUCAAGCCAACACGAUAACCAUCACCGACCCGAGGCUUAACCAAAGCUUGACAACCGGAAGCUGCAGUGACUUGUCAAGCUUCUCUAUUCCAGAUUCGCCAUGGCUCAACUUGACCACUUUGUACAAAUGCAACAACAGUAGUAGGAAGAAUGGUUUCAGCUAUGCGAAUUGCAGAGGAGAAGGAAGCAGCUUGUACUACAAUUUGACAGAUGGUCAUGAUGCUUCAGGGUGUUCACCUAUCAAGACUCCAGAGAGCUGGGUGACUCCAAGAAAUGGGAACCAGUCUGAUGUAAAUGCUACCUUCUCUCUUCAUAUAGAACUGCCUGGAGGCUGCUUUCGCUGCCACAAUAACGGUGGAGAAUGUAAGAUGAUCAAAGACAAGUUCCACUGCGAUGGAGGAACCAAAGAACAAAAAGACUACCAUCAGGAGAUGAGGCUAGGAUUAGCUAUCGGAGGUCCUGUCAUCUUGAUAAUCAUCUUGGUGGCACUCUUUGCUAUCAUCCAUAGGAAUUACAGAAGGAAAGAUGGAUCAGAGCUCUCUAGAGACAACUCAAAAUCUGACGUUGAGUUUAGUCAUGUCUUCUUUAAGAUACCAAUCUUCUCCUAUAAAGAACUUCAAGCAGCAACAGACAACUUUAGUAAAGACAGAUUACUUGGAGAUGGAGGCUUUGGCACUGUGUAUUAUGGAAAAGUGCGUGAUGGACGAGAAGUUGCAGUGAAGCGUCUCUAUGAGCACAAUUACAGAAGACUUGAGCAAUUUAUGAACGAGAUAGAAAUCCUCACACGUCUCCAUCACAAGAAUCUAGUCUCCCUCUACGGAUGCACUUCACGCCGUAGCCGAGAGCUUCUCCUUGUCUAUGAGUUUAUUCCAAAUGGCACAGUUGCAGAUCAUCUCUAUGGCGAAAACACGCCACACCAAGGCUAUUUAACAUGGUCAAUGCGCCUGAACAUCGCCAUAGAAACAGCGAGUGCAUUGGCUUACCUUCACGCUUCGGAUAUCAUACACCGUGAUGUCAAGACUACAAACAUUCUCCUCGACGGGAAUUUCGGAGUUAAAGUCGCGGAUUUUGGGCUAUCCAGGUUGUUACCGAGUGAUGUAACACAUGUUUCAACUGCUCCUCAGGGUACUCCGGGAUAUGUGGAUCCUGAGUAUCAUCGGUGUUAUCAUCUAACUGAUAAAAGUGACGUGUAUAGCUUUGGAGUGGUGCUUGUCGAGCUGAUAUCGUCGAAGGCUGCUGUUGAUAUAAGCAGGUGCAAGAGUGAGAUCAAUCUAUCAAGCUUAGCUACAAACAAGAUACAGAACCACGCGACCCACGAGCUAAUUGAUCAGAAUCUUGGAUAUGCAACAAAUGAAGGAGUUAGAAAAAUGACUACAAUGGUGGCAGAGUUGGCUUUUCAGUGCUUGCAGCAAGACAGUACAAUGAGACCCACAAUGGAACAAGUUGUGCAAGAGCUAAAAGGAAUCCAGAAUGAGGAGCAAAAAUGUCAUACCAACGAUCACAGGGAGGAGACAAUAACUCUGCACCCUUCGCCACCAGAUUGGGGUGAGGCUGCACUAUUAAAAAAUAUGAAAUUCCCACGUUCACCAAUCUCUGUGACUGACCAAUGGACAAGUAAAUCAACCACACCGAAUACGAGCGCCUACGAAUUCUAGGAUCCACCAGGUAUUGGUUUCUUUCUCAUUUGUUUCAAUGGAACGAUGUAAGCUGAGGCACCGAGAGAAUGUACAUAGUGACAUAACUUGCACUACCAAUCACCAAUUUUCUAUGUCUAAUUUUGUCUAGUGUAUGUAAUAUUGACUCAAAAGGUAUUUAUAAAAAGAGAAAAAAAAUUGACAGUAAGAGUUAACUUGACUCGCA